AUGUCCUCCCGGAGCCCCUCCUCGCCCUCCUCGCCGCCCUCCUCGAGCUCCAAAUUCAGCAAACUCCUCUCAAAGCCCAACCGCGACCGCUCGCGCUCCCUCGCCGAGCCCUCCACGCCCUCCUCCUCCUCCUCCUCCGGCCUCCCGCCCUCCUCCCUAUCCAGCCCCCCUUCGAGCUCAUUAUCGACGCCCCUACCCCACGGACACGCGCACGGACACUCGAGUCACAGCCCGGCGAACCCCGAGCUCCCGCCCAGCGCGCGCCGCUCGAGUAUAUUGGGCCGAAACGGCGGAUCGCGAUUUCGGCGGAACCAUCACUCGUCGAAUAAUAAUAAUGGGGGAGGGGGUGGCGGGCAGGAGGAGGCGAUGACGGACGUGGGCGAGCGGACGAUGCCGUCGUCCGUCCCCGCGAGCCUCGUGCCGGGCAACUACGUCCGCGCGCGCACGAGGAGCGAGCGGCCGUUAUCGAAUCCGCCUGCGAUCGCGUCUGCCGCCUCUUACCCGAACCCUAACGCUGGAUUUAGUUCGAACUCGAGCAGCACGCCGCAUCCGUACGCGAGUACGACGGGCCGCGGAGGGGGGAGCCAUCUUGGUGUUGUUGGCGGAGGAGGAGGGGGGGGAG